ACUUGUUCAAAAAAGUAUCAGGAGUUGUCAAGGCAGAGAGAGAGAGUGUGUGUGUUUGCAAAAGGGGGUAAAGUAGUUUGCUGGCUCUUUAAGACCGAGGUGGAGAGAGAGAGAGAGAGAGAGAGAAAGAGAGAGAGAGAGCGGCAGGCUGAGAAAAGGGAAAAAGGAGGAAGAAGUUUUUUAAAAUCAAGACUCCGGCGGUAAUAAUAGCAGUUAUUAGCAUUAUUAAUCCAUCAGCGAAGAGGAAGAUCCUGAUCUUGAUCCAAGUGUGGUUUUGGGGAGUCCCCCUCCCCCCUUUCCUACCCCUCCCUAGGAAAAAAAAAAAAGUCCGGCUUGGGACUCCGCUGCGGCUGUUCCUCGUUUCUCUGCUCAAGGCUGGUUUCAGGCAAAAGUAGUUUGAAUGUACAACAUGAUGGAAACCGAGCUGAAACCUCCCGCCCCCCAGCAAACUUCGGGGGGAGGCACAGGCAACUCCAACUCGGCCGCCAACAACCAGAAGAACAGCCCGGACCGGGUCAAGCGGCCGAUGAACGCGUUCAUGGUCUGGUCCCGCGGGCAGCGGCGGAAAAUGGCCCAGGAGAACCCGAAGAUGCACAACUCCGAGAUCAGCAAGCGGCUCGGGGCGGAGUGGAAACUUUUAUCCGAGGCGGAAAAGAGACCCUUCAUUGACGAAGCCAAGCGGCUCAGAGCUCUGCACAUGAAGGAGCACCCGGAUUAUAAAUACCGACCCCGGAGGAAAACCAAGACCCUCAUGAAGAAGGAUAAGUACACGUUGCCGGGGGGCUUACUGGCACCGGGCACCAAUACCAUGACGACUGGGGUAGGGGUUGGGGCCACCUUGGGAGCUGGGGUGAACCAGAGGAUGGACAGUUACGCGCACAUGAACGGCUGGACCAACGGAGGCUAUGGGAUGAUGCAAGAGCAGCUCGGCUACCCGCAGCACCCGGGCUUGAACGCGCACAACGCGGCGCAGAUGCAGCCUAUGCACCGCUACGACGUGAGCGCCCUGCAGUACAACUCCAUGACCAGCUCGCAGACUUAUAUGAACGGAUCGCCUACCUACAGCAUGUCCUACUCCCAGCAAGGGACCCCGGGCAUGGCCCUGGGCUCCAUGGGCUCGGUGGUCAAGACGGAAUCCAGCUCCAGUCCCCCCGUAGUCACUUCCUCGUCUCAUUCAAGGGCUCCUUGCCAAGCUGGGGACCUUCGGGACAUGAUCAGCAUGUAUCUACCAGGUGCUGAAGUACCAGAACCAGCUGCCCCAAGCAGACUUCAUAUGUCCCAACACUACCAGAGUGCACCUGUUCCUGGCACAGCCAUUAAUGGCACACUCCCUCUAUCACAUAUGUAAGACAAAGGGGCCGGGGG